AUGGAGUUGAAAGGCUCUUGCCAUUGUGAGAAAGUGAAGUUUAAAGUCAAGUCUCAUACACCUGCACCUUUUAUGCAAUGUCAUUGUUCUAUUUGUCGCAAGUGUCAAGGUGGUGGUGGCUAUGCUAUUAAUAUUAUGGGCGAGUAUGAAACGCUUGAAGUAGAGGGAAAAGAAUAUUUAAAAGAGUACCGUGCUGUGAGAGACAAAAAAACCCAUGAAUUAUGUGGCAACAUCCGUUAUUUCUGUGGUGAAUGUGGUUCACAUCUCUAUGCUUAUGAUAAAAAAUGGUCCAACUGGGUCUACCCUUAUGCUUCUGCUAUUGAUACUGAUUUACCUGAAUUGAAUGAAUCGCAAAUCUACCGAAUUAUGAUUGGCUCCAAGGCAAACUGGAUUCCUACACCUGCUGUGAAUGCAGACAAGCAUGUAUUUGAAGAAUAUCCUGAUUGUUCUUUGGAACAAUGGCACAAAGAGAACAAAUUGUAUGUUGAAUAA